AUGGAAGCCAACGGCUUCCAAAUGAGGCCCGACGGAGACGUCCAGUACGAGUCGCCGCAGCCGAACAAGGCCCAGAACGCGGCCAACCACCAGCGUACAUACCAAGCAUGUAUACCGUGCCGCCAACGCAAAGUACGCUGCGAUCUGGGCUCGGUCGACAACCCUCAUGACCCGCCGUGCUCGAGAUGCAGGAGAGAGUCGAAGACGUGCUACUUCUCUGCUACCAGGCGUAAGAAGAAGCGACCCGGCGUAGAUAACAGCGAGACCUACUCGGAUGCCGGUGACGAUGUGCCAUACGAGAUCAAGGAUGGUAGGAAGAGGGCGAGGACAUCGUCUGGUGCAGACCUCGAGCAGUACGACCCUCCAUACGAUGCGCCGCGCACGCCGGGUGGCUCCAUAGGCAGAACGCAGCCUCUCAACAGACCAGCGGCGCCCAAGCAUGUCCACUACGGCGAAGAAGAUCACAAAGCCAGCGAGCAGACCGUAGGACUACUCCAGGCAGCAGAGGUACACGGUGGGCAUGAUGCACUCAAGCUACUCUACGAAGCUGCGACAGUGCAAGGCGGUAGGAUGCCGAGCAAAGACAGCGGCACCCUCACCGGCAUCAAUGGUGUCUCGCCUGCUUCGGGCCCUUCCAUCACCGCACGGAGCCCAGUCGUCGAUGUGCCUGGUACAUGGCAAGCUGGACCAAUGGGAAUAUACAAGAACGAUCCGAUGUGGACGAAGUCAGACAUCGACUACGGCAUCAAGAGUGCGCCAGCAGAUCCAGCCAUCACAGUCAACUCGCCUGGAUACGCUUCUGCCAUAAAGGCUUGGUCGCGCUUCCGAUUCGUUCGCGCAGGCUGGUUCACGGCAAGAGAGGCUAUUGAAUAUGUCGAGUACUUCUACAAGCACCUCUCGCCGCUCACGCCGGUCGUCCUACCCGACUUCCGUGAUCUGGGCACCCAUGAGAAGCUCCUCACCCAGGAACCUAUGUUGACGAUCACCAUCCUCCUAAUCUCUUCUCGCCACAUGAGGCUUCAGGGACCGGGCGCGGUAAGCCGUCCAUACUCCAUUCACCAGAAGCUCUGGACCUACCUCUCUGGCAUGAUCAAUCGUGUUAUCUGGGGCCAAGAACAGUUCGGCGGUGGCUUCUGUGGCGCUGGUGCUGAGCCUGGAUGCGACGUCAACCCUCUCUCCCGCAAAGGUCUUCGUACCCUAGGCACCGUAGAGUCGCUAGCCUUGCUCACGGAGUGGCACCCAAGAGCCAUGCACUUUCCGCCCGAUGAGGCUGACGACGAGCUCAUGGUACCGGAAGAGUCUUCCCGCCCAAUCGACUUCAGCGAGCAGGCAGACCCAUCACAAGGCAUAAGUGGGCAGCGCAUGGAUGCGUGGCUUGAGCCCUGCUGGCGCAGCGAUCGGCUCUGCUGGAUGCUGCUUGGUAUCUCAAUGUCGCUUGCCUUCGAGAUCGGAGUGUUUGACAAGACUGAGUGGCAGCGCCAUGCUCGAUCCACUGACGGCCACCCUCUCUCUGCUGAUGAGCUGCAAUCGUACGACCGCCGCCGUGGUAGUGUCAGAGACAUCCUCCUCAUCUACGUCAGCCAGACUUCAGGUCGACUUGGGCUGACUUCCAUGCUUCCAAGCACCUACUCCACGCCUGAAGACAGCGACCUCUACAAGCGCAUAAUCGGACAACACGAGACUAUGCAAGAGACGGUCCUGCACUUCUGGCUCCGCAUGGCUGCCAUCAUGCGCGAAGGCAACCACACCCUCUAUGCAAACAAGACCUUUACUCGAGAUCUCAUCAGGAAUGGCGACUACAAAGCUGCCUUGGCGGCGCUCCAGACACCGCUUCGUGAGUGGCGCCAAGACUUCGACAAAGCAGCCUCGAUCCCUCAGUAUAUGCGGUACAUCCUGCAGAUUGAGUUUGAAUAUUGCCGGGUCUACAUCAAUGCAUUAGCACUGCAAGCUGUCGCAGAGCGGUGCGCAAACGAUCAAGCAUUCUCGCUCAAUGAUCCACCACUUGAGUUAGCUCGCAACUCCGCUGUGUCCACGAACGGCGUCCGCAGCGACGUUGCUAUCGCACCCCCGACUCUUGCGAAAUGGCUCGGCGGUGACCGGUUCUACCUUCACGAAGUCGGCGAAGCGUCUCGUAACCUGCUCAAGGUGGUCGUCGAUGGCCUCUACCCUGGCGAGUACCUCAGACAUGCGCCAGUCCGGACAUACUUCCGCAUUGUUAGCGUGGCGAUCAUGCUGCUCAAGUCCUUCUCACUGGGUGCAAGCGAGAGCGACGUGCAAGACUCUCUGACGCUAAUGGAUAAGACUGUUGCUGCGCUGAAGGGGUGCAUUGUCGAUGAUGUCCACGUGGCUAGUCGCUUCGCGGACCUCCUCAACAACUUGACACAGAACCUCAAGCCACGUCUGGUGCGCAUUGCGGGCGAUGGUCGCUCCGGUCGCAGCCGCCGCGUCAGCCACCAAGGCAGCCCUGAGCCGCUGCAAGCUCAACUCGGCACAGCGAACCAGAAGCUCCAGCAGCACCAACAGCAGACGUCCAUGAACGGCGUGCAAAGCCAAAAUCAACAGCAAUGGGCCUACAACACCACCUCCAACCCAACAACCAUGGCCCCCAACCACCCCAUGUACGGUAUCUCAAGCGACGCCUACGACCUCUCCGGGCCAGACAACAACUUCUCCGUCAUGCCCCCACCCUCCUUCGGUUUCCAAUCCCCCACCAACCAAUUCACCCAACCGACCAACAACACGACUCCCGGCGGCUCAGCCAUCGACCCGUACCUGCAGAACUUUAGCAACGACAACUCGAUGCAGGACUGGUUGACGCUGCCGCUGGAUCCGCUGCUGAAUAUGAACGGCGCGGACGUCACACAGACGAUGUAUGGGCCGCAGCUGGGGGAGUCGGAUAUGCUGGAGUUGUUGCUCGGGCCGAAUAAUUAUGGGGUGUGA